AUGCUUAGCACGACCCGAUUUGCCCGCUGUGCCGCCACAGCGGCCAGUAAGAAGUUCUCCUUCAGCGAGAAGAUGCAGAAACUACAGGCAGACCCCGAACACCCCCUUAGCGGUCCUGAGUACGCUUUCAUGCGAGAUCGUUUGGAAGAGUACAGGAAGCUGCAACAGGCGUACGCCGUGAAGCAGACGGAGGUGGAGAGGGCCCGGAAAGCAGCGAACAUGUGUGGACUUGAGUUCACCGGCAAAGGUGCUCGCAAGACGCCAUCCUCGUGA